AUGACCACGGCCACUGUACUGCUUUCGGGAGACCUCAUCACCCAGAAGGUGCUCGAACCCCAGCCCAACGUGGAUGUGGUACGGGCAGCGAGGUUCUUCUUGAUGGGUGCCGGAUUCGCCGGUCCCGUCAUCCGAAUCUGGCACCUCACCCUCGAACGUUUUGUGGGUAGUGGCGUCGGCGCAUUCGUAGUCGCCAGGAAGGUGAUGAUCGACCAAGCCUUGUUCGCGCCGGUGUUCAUCGCCAGUUUUCUGGUGGUCCUGGGCGCAUUCAAGCGACGCUCGUGGCACGACAUCGAGCAAUCGUUGCGAACAAACUAUCUGCAGAUCCUGAAGACCAGCUACGUGAUCUGGCCUGCGGCGCAGCUCGUCAACUUUCGAUUCGUGCCCCUCAGCUACCGACCACCAUUUGCAGGCUGUGUGGCUGUUGUGUGGAGCACGUACUUAGCCUGGAAGGCCAACACAACUCAGAACACCCACCGCGAAGCACUCGGUGAACCCACGAACCGAUAA